AUGGCUCAUUCCUCAAACGCCACCCAUGAAAGCAACGUCGACGUGCUCAUCAUCGGCGCAGGCCCCGCAGGGGUGAUGGCCGCAAACGCUCUCGUCCAGGCGGGAGCCAAAGUGCGCAUCGUCGACCAAAGACCGGAAGGUCUUUCAUCAGGGCAAGCAGACGGUGUUCAUCCCCGUUCGCUGGAGAUUCUUCAGAGUUACGGUCUGGCUGACCAGCUAUUGAAGGACGGGUUUCAUAUUUGGAAGCUGGCCUACUAUGACCCAGACGGGAAGGGUGGCAUCGUACGGUCGCGUCGCCUUGCUUGCGUUGGUGUCCCAGACGCACGCUACAUGUUUGGGGUCACAAUGCAUCAAGGUGGCGUCGAAGACCUCUUCCUCGACUCGAUGAAGAAGAAAGGUCUGGAAGUUGAGCGAUCAACUAUACCUACGUCCAUGCAGCUGUCGGAUGGUACGGAGGAUCUGAAGGAUCCCCACGCAUACGUCAACACGGUCGCCAUAGAACAUCUCGACCGCGACGAGAACAAGACGGAGGUCGUACACGCGAGGUUCGUCAUCGGUUCAGAUGGCGGACAUUCCUGGGUGCGCAAGACUCUCGGGAUCGAGGCCGAAGGCAGUACAACAGGUGCGAUCUGGGGUGUCGUGGACCUGCUACCAGACACCGACCUCCCGGAUGUCCGAUGCAUGACAUACAUUCACUCCGAACACGGAACGAUGUUUAUCAUCCCGCGCGAGCGCGACCUCAUCCGCCUCUACAUCCAGCAACCAGACGACAGCGAGGUCAUAGAUCCCACAACCGGGCGCGUGGACAAGAACAGGUCGAGCCCGGAGAAGAUCCUCGCGCAGGCUCAGAAGAUGUUGCAUCCGUACCAUCUGAAUAUCAAGGACGGGCAUAUCAACUGGUGGACAAUAUAUUCCUUAGUGGGACAACGGGUCGCUGAGAAGUACUCCGUGCAUGAUCGUACUCUCAUCGCGGGAGAUGCAUGCCACACGCACUCUCCCAAAGCUGGUCAAGGCAUGAACGCCGCUAUGGGAGAUACGCACAACCUCUCGUGGAAGCUCGCAUACGUCCUGAAGGGCUGGGGAAGCAUGUCUUUGUUGAAGACGUACGAGUCGGAGCGCCGCAAGUUUGCACAGGACCUCAUCGCAUUCGACAAGCAAUGGACCAAGCUCUUCGAGGGCAAAGCUCAGGCCAAUGGUUAUCCCGAGGGCGUUACCCCCGAGCAGUUUAUGACAAUGCAAAGGACGUUCGGUGGCUUCACUUCCGGGAUAGGCAUCGUUUACGCUCCCUCGAUCAUCGUGAACACCCAGUAUCAGCACCUCGCGUCUAACCUGGUCAUCGGCGCGCGGAUGUCCCCCCAGGUGUUCAUACACGCGGCUGACGGGAAACCUUCCGAAAUUCAAGACCUCCUGCCGGCCGAUGUACGCUUCAAGGUGCUCGUCUUCGGUGGUGACAUUGGCGUGAAGGAAGAGGCGGCGCGCCUGCAGGCUACCGCGGACGAGUUCGCGAAGCCCGAGAGCUUCCUGAACCGUUUCGGUCAUGAGGAGCCCAGCAAGAUCUUCGACAUCUUGUGCUUCAGCUCUGCGAAGGAGCAUAGCACGGACUACCUCGAUUUCCCACAAUUCUUUAGGCCUCAUUGGUCGAAAGUGCUACUCGACGACACUGACCUGGGGGCUCGUGCAGGGGGAGGCGGAUACGCGAAGUACGGCAUCGAUCCCCACUCCGGCGCGAUUGUGGUUGUCCGGCCGGAUGGAUAUGUUGGGAUGGUUGCCCCGCUCGAUCGCGUCGACGAGCUGACCUCCUACUUCAGCGCAUUCCUGGUGUAG